AUGAAGCUUUCUAUACUCGUCUUUGUUGCCACCAUGCUUGGUGCUACCGCUGCCAUUGAUCACCCUGGCCUCGAUCUCGAACGCAGAGAACUUGAUCUCGAGCGCCGAGAGUUGGAAUUCGAGCACAAGGCUCGGGCCUGGAUGGCGACCAGAGAUGCCCGAGAAUCUCUCAACCCCCGAACAACAUGCAGUGGCUAUUGUGGAUAUCCCACCAUGCCUCAGUGCUCUUCUGGCUGUAUCUGCCAGCGAGGAUCUCCCCCACCUUCUCCCGCGGGCAAAAAGGGAGGCAAGGGUGGCAAGGGGGGCAAAGGGGGGCGCAAGAGGAGCACAUAA